AUGGCUGAGGGGACGGAAAAUGAGGACCGGGUGGAUCUUGACGAUGACUAUUACAUUGAAGAAAUGGACGAUGACGUUGAAAAACAAAUAAAGGAUGAUGCAGCAGGAGGAGGUGGCAAUGAAAAUGGUGAAGACCGACAUGAGGACUUGAGAAGAGAGGAUAGUGGGAAAGACCAAGUGCUAGAAGUAGAUAGAGAUGACAAAGAGAAGUGUGCAGAGCUUCUUGCCCUUCCUCCUCAUGGGUCUGAAAUUUUUGUUGGUGGACUUCCUCAAGAUGUCUCAGAAGAAGAUUUGAGGGAUCUCUGUGAAUUAAUGGACAAGAUUUUUGAGAUAAAGUUGAUGAAAAAUAGGGAUACUGGUGAAGGUAAGGGUUUUGCCUUUGUAGCAUUCAAAGCCAAGGAGGUUGCACAACAGGCCAUUGAAGAGUUGCACAACAAAGAAUUCAAGGGUAGAUCAUUAAGGUGUUCACUCUCUGAAGCUCAACACAGGUUGUUUAUUGGUAAUGUUCCGAAGACCUGGACAGAUGAUGAGUUUAGAAAAGUCAUUGAGGAUCUGCAAAAUCCAAGCCAGAAUCGUGGCUUUGCUUUUGUUGAGUAUGACAACAAUGCCUGUGCUGACUAUUCUAGACAGAAAACGUCGAGUGCAAAUUUUAAGAUGGAUGGCAAUGCCCCGACUGUCAGCUGGGCUGAUCCAAAGAAUGUGCCUGAUAAUUCUGCUGCUGUUUCUCAGCUUAAGCUGGUCAAUGUGGUUGUUUCCUUAUUCAUUGUGUGGAAAACAUUCAAUGUGCAAGUUGACUUCUAG